CAAUUUCAACAAACCAACAAGGAUGUGUGUGUUAUAUUUAUAUAUAAAUAAAUAAUAAUAAAGUGGAGAAAUAUAGUAAAAUUGUUUUUCUACUAAACAUAUUUCUUAAAAUAGCAAUAUCACUUCACUGAAAGAUUGUUUUUAAACAUAAUGGACGGCAACGAGAGCGACGGCAGUGAUAUCACAUUCGAAGAUGAACAGAUUGCGAUUCGAGAUGCCGAGCACGACGACGGCAGUACGGAUGGCAGCGGCAUCGUACACCUGGGGCACGAAGCCAAUGAUGAACUUGAUAACGAGGAACGCAAUCGCUCGGAGGCGGACUCCGAGGAAGAACAUUUCUACGAUAUUUCUAUAGCAGCUUCACAUUCAUACCUGGGCGCGGGCCUGGCGUGCGUGCGGGGGCGCAGCGUGGUGGAGGCGGGCUGGGUGGGGCGCGUCCCCGCGCUGGCGCACCACGGCGUGCUGUUCCCCGGCGAGACCGUGCCCAUGCUGCUGCCGCGCCCGCACGACGCCGCGCUGCUGGUGCAGGCCAUCCAGCGCGACAAACUCUUUGGCCUGCUCUGUCCUGACGAGGUGGGCGUGAUGCUGUCGGGGUACGGAGUGCUGUGCGAGGUCAUGAUGGCCGGCAUCGACGAGACGCAGGACCAGCCCACAUCCGUCACGUUCAAGGCGCGCGCCAUCCAUCGCUUCCGACUGCUGAAGGUGCCCAAGACGGCGAUCCCGUUGUCUGCGUACGCCAGGAUGCGCGCGGUGGAGGUGGUGGUGCUGCCGGAGCUGGGCGCGCGCGACACGCUGCGCGCCGCGCGCCUGCACUCGCUGGACCCGCUGCGCACGUCCACGCAUCUCGCGGCGGUGCAGCGCCGGCUGCGCGCGCUGGACGCGGCGGCGACGCCCUGGCCGCUGUUCGUGUACGAAAUCUUCGACUACGAGUCUAUGCGGCACGCCAUACACGAAUACUUCCGCACCAUCAUGCUGGAGGACAAGCUGCCGGAGGACGCGGUGUCGCUGUCGUUCUGGGUGGCGUCCAACCUGGCGCUGUCGGCGGCGGACCGCCUGGCGCUGUUCGCGGUGGACGACGCGCUCCUGCGCCUCCACAUGGAGGUGCACUUCAUCCGCCGAAAAAGCGUGCUGUGCUGCUCCUCGUGCAUGGCGCAGAUUGCCCGAAAAGAGCACAUAUUCCCCAUGUCCAGUGAGGGAGUGCACUCCAAUUAUACUAAUUUAGGCGGGUACAUGCACGACAUCCUGACGGUGAGCGAGGCGUGCAACGUGGAGACCAACGGCGCGCCGUCGGCGGAGUACUCGUGGUUCCCCGGCUACACGUGGACCGUGGCGCUCUGUGCCAACUGCAUGGUGCACGUCGGCUGGAGGUUCGAGGCCUUGAAGCGCAGUUUGCGGCCCGCUCAGUUCUACGGACUCUGCCGCAACUACGUGCAGCCCUACGACAUCGACGAGGCCCGCGGAGAGCCCUAACGCUGCUCGCUCAAUACCUUUGUAAUUUCAACUAUUUACAUUGCUGUUCAGCUGUUUUAAGUAAUUAUAAUAUUGUUGUAGUCAUCAAUGAAAUGUACAAUAUUAUGAUUGUGUGUGUGCAGAUAGUAGGUAUCUACAUGUUUGUAGGUGGAGGUUCCAUGUUCAGUUUCCGGAUACAGUACUUUGCUUUGACUCCGCUCCUCAAUUCAGUAUACGUCUAAUUUCAUAUUGCAUUGGACACAUAUUGCAUGCAUAUACCUAAUAUGUAGAUUUGUGUGACUUGUUGUGUUGUAGACAUACAAGUUGGUAUGUAUCAGGACCCGCGGGCAGUGACCACGGGAUGUUUAUUACAUUGUACAUAUUAAGAUAGCAAUAGGUAUAAGUUAUCUGUAUGCUAAUCAGUUUCGUACAGUACGGCCGCUGUAUCUUGGCGAGUCUGAAGUUAGCCGUUUGUCUGCGCAAUGGGUCUUUUAGGAACAAAAUUGUGUACUGCGCAGCU